AUGCGCCUACAGAUGUCCUCAUACAGCGAGGGCUUCUGCGCCGCCGAGUGGAUGGUCAAGGUCAAGAACGGUUUCAUUGACGAGGAGCAGUGUGGCCAGAAAAAAUGCGUUUUGCGGAUGGGUCAGCCAGCGUACUGGGCUGUCAAAGACGCCAGCUACGGCAUGCGCGGCUACGUCAUCGGCCCCAUCAGCGGCUGCACUGGGGAAUGCCUGCUCGUGUCAUUUAAGGGCGAGGAAUACCGCGUGAAGUUGAGCUCGAUAUCUACCCGCCGCCCGAAGAGAGGGCAAAAGGGGGACCAGGCGCUUGCCGAGGCGCCCAAGGGCUGCGACGCCGGUGUCGAGCCGCAAUUGCAUGGUCACGCGACGGGAUCGACUGUGCACUUUGCAGCGAAGAAGCGCCAGCGCCUGGGCCCGCGCAAGGGCAAACUCAUAUUCGGCGCGAAAGGCAUCGUGAUUGGCCAGAGCACAGCUUUCACGGAGCCCUCGCUGCUCGCGAUGUUCAACCGUGAAAUUUACCACGUCAGGAAAAGCGCAGUGCCCACUACGCGCCCGAACCAUGGCCGCCAGGCAGCGCCGCCCCCCAGCGCGCGCCCCGACAUGCUGAGCGACGCCGAUGAGUGCCACAAGCAGAUCGAGAACCCUUCGCUGAAGGUGUUUGACACCGACGACCUGCCCAGGGCCGCGGCGAAGACGAGACGCCCAGCGGCGAGCCAUGCAUUCCCUGAGAUCACGCUCCCCGCGCGCCUGUUCUUCGCGGCACUCGUCUACGCCACGCGCGGGCCGAUUGGCGCGCGGCAGCGCGUUCAGAGGCCAGACCAUGAUACGGGCCCAGCUAAAUACGUCGUGCACGCCUUCUUUCACUUCAUCGCCGUCAAAGUAUUCGAGGACGGAUACGGCGUCAUCGAUGACGACGAGCGGUGCCAGUUCGACGGCCCGAUCAGCUUCCUCGAAGAAUUCUUCGGGGCAGGUGCCAUCUGGUACCGCGUCGUCGACAUCGAGGAUGUGUCAGAGCAAGCUGCUGUGACGGAUGCAGAGUCAGAUUCGGACAGGCGCUCUUCGCCGCGUUCAACGGACAUUGGCCCGUUGGCCGGCAGGCGCGCUUUUGGUGCUUACUUGCAGCGCCUAUACAACGCCGAGGAAGCUUCUCGCCAUUCAGGCGACACCGAUCUAAAUGACGAGCCCUUUGGCGCGCUGCCGCGCGACGAUGACUUCGAGAAUAUGGCGGACAGGCUGCGCGUCGUCAAGGCAGUCAUGCGGCUGCCAAACGUCCGCGCUGAUUUGCUGUUCCACGAUGACGCAUGCCAUUUUGAACAGCGCGGCAAACUCAUAUUCGGCAUGAAAGACAUCGUGAUUGGCCAGAGCGCAGCUUUCGCGGAGCCCUCGUUGCUCGUGAUGUUCAACGGUGAGAUCUACCACGUCAGGAAAAGCGCAGCGCCCACCACGCGCCCGAACCGUGGCCGCCAGGCAGCGCCCCCCCCCGGCGCGCGCCCCGACGUGCUGAGCGACGCCGAUGAGUGCCGCGAGAAGGUCGAGAACCCUUCGCUGAAGGUGUUUGACACCGACGACCUGCCCAGGGCCGCGGCGCAGACGAGGCGCCCAGCGGCGAGCUAUACAUUCCCUGAGAUCACGCUCCCCGCGCGCCUGUUCUUCGCGGCGCUCGUCUAUGCAAUUUGCGGGCCGAUUGGCGUUCGCAAGGGGCCUUUCACCAAUGUGUUCCUCCAGAAAACCUUGCAAAACCCUGGCUACAAAGUCGCGAUUAAUGAGGAUGGGCCCCGCUGGGCUCUCCGAAACGGCAAUCGCUUCCUUUCUCCGUUCGGUAAGGCGCGGCAGCGCGUUCAGAGGCCAGGCCAUGAUACGGGCCCAGCUAAAUACGUCGUGCACAUCUUCUUUCGCGUCAUUCCCGCGAAAGUAUUCGAGGACGGAUGCGACGUCAUCGACGACGACGAGCGGUGCCAGUUCGACGGCCCGAUCAGCUUUCUCGAAGAAUUAUUUGGGGCAGGUGCCAUCUGGUACCGCGUCGUCGACAUCGAGGAUGUGUCAGAUCAAGCUGCUGUGGCGGAUGCAGAGUCAGACUCGGACAGGCGCUCGUUGCCGCGUUCAGUGGACAUUGACCCGUUGGUCGGCAGGCGCGCUUUCGGUGCUCACCUGCAGCGCCUAUACAAUGCCGAGGGCGAGAAUAUGGCGGACAAGCUGCGCGUCGUCAAGGCAGUCAUGGGGCUGCCAAACGUCCGCGCUGAUUUGCCGUUCCACGAUGAUGCGUGCCCUUUUGAACAGCACGUGCAAAAGAACCACGCAGCGUUCUUCCGCAGUGCCACAUAUUUCCUGAUCG